UCAACCAGAGGUUUGCUUUAAGGGGUUAUUACUAUUAUUAUUAUUUUGGUUUAUUAUCAAGAAAAAUUAAGGGGGGAGGGGAGAAGGCUUGUCUUUCAGCAACUUCUCGGUGACUGAUUCAUCCUCCCUCUCUCUCUCUCUCACGCUCUCCUGAAUGCCUCACCAGUGUUCAGGGAAACAAAAUAACGAAAAGAUUUGUGCGUAUCUUUCAGUACAUUGUGGCGAUCUCUAAGCGGAGGAGCGAGGGACUAAAAGAUCUGUACAGGGCAUGAACGAUUCAAAAAUGAGUGUAAAUUGGUUUGUAUAGCAAAUUGGAUUAAGGGGUUGAUAGAUGAAACUUUCGAUCACGAGUAAGAAGACAUGUGAGGGGUUAUCUCCCAGGGAAGAAGAAUUUUAACACUACCCUAGAUAGAGAUCCCCUAAUCCUAAGAAGAAAAGCUGCUUAAUUCCCGCCGUACUCAUGAACUACAGCCACGUAUAUCUACAAAUAUACAUAUUCUCAAUUGCAUUGCAUGAGAUUCUUCAAGAUGGCUGUAGCUGUGGAUCAUCAACACCAUGAAUUCAAGUCGUUCGGCCGACCCCCAAGAUGCAGACUCCAAUCCUACUCUCAUCUGGAUUACACCAUGCCCGAAUUGAUCAGCCAAACUAAUUUCCCCUGCCAUUACUCCUCCUCCUUAAAACAAGCCUUUGAAGUUGCCAACAACAUUCAUCGAAGCUUCUCAACCCCCUGCCUACCCUUCACCACCAGACUGGAGGAAAAAGAAGAACUCAAUGCUAAUCCCAAUGCUAAUAAUAGUAAUAAUCCAAGGAUUGAGAUUGUUAGUGGCCAUAGUGACCCGAGAACACGUGCUCUUGUAGUUGAGGUUGCCAUAGCUAUGGCCUCUGGUGCUGUUCCUGUGCCGGUAUCAAGUGGGCUAAGUGGGGCCUACUUUUUACGUGGUCGAAAUAAUGACACCAUUGCUGUGAUAAAGCCCACCGAUGAAGAACCUCUGGCCAUUAAUAACCCGAAAGGUUAUGCAGCUGGUCGAAUGCUUGGCCAACAACCUGGCAUGAAACGGUCUUCUAUCCGGAUAGGUGAAACGGGCCUGCGUGAAUUGGCUGCUUAUCUUCUUGAUCAUGGUGGCUUUGCCGGGGUUCCUCCAACAGCACUAGUCAAGAUUUCUCAUGUUGCUUCUUUCCAUGUAAAUGUAAAUAAUAGUAACAGUUCAGAAGAAGAAUUAGCAAAUAUUUUGGAUCAAUCACCACCAUCUUGUAAGAUUGCCUCGCUUCAACGAUUCGUAGAUCAUGAUUCUGAUGCAGGAGACCUGGGCCCUUCUGGCUUCUCAGUCUCUUCGAUCCAUUGUAUUGGGAUACUCGACAUAAGAAUCCUUAAUCUUGAUAGGCAUGCUGGAAACAUGCUUGUAAAGCAAGGCCAUGGGCAUGGGAGUAGUUAUGCUGACGGUGCAGCCGAGCUCGUGCCCAUAGACCAUGGACUUUGCUUGCCUGAGUCGCUUGAUGAUCCAUAUUUUGAGUGGUUGCACUGGCCUCAAGCCUCGGUUCCCUUUUCGGAUUCUGAAGUUGAAUACAUACUCAAUCUAGAUCCAUUCAAAGAUGCACAACUUCUUAGGAAAGAACUUCCUUCUAUAAGGGAGUCCUCUAUUCGGGUUCUAGUCCUUUGCACCAUUUUCUUGAAGCAAGCUGUUAGUGCUGGGCUUUGUCUUGACGAUAUAGGUGAAAUGAUGACUCGGGAUUUUCAUGGAGGCGAAGAAAAUUUGAGCGUGCUAGAGAAUCUUUGUUUGAAUGCAAAGGGUAUGGCGAGUACCUGCAGUAGUAUAUUGAAUAGUGAUAGCACCAAUGAAAUUGAUGAUUAUCAAAGUGAAGUAAUAGAUACUGAAAUAUUUCAGCUUGACAAUGAAUGGGAAGAUAACUCAAGUCAGGCUUUGGACCUUCCUUGUAAACUCUUACAAACCCCUCCUACAGUCAUAGGCAGGCCACCAAGAAUCACGAGAUCAAUGAGUGGAUUGCUUCCUUCACAAGAUGAAGAGGUCUGCGGAGUCCACAACAAUGAUGACAAUGACAGUGGUGGCAGCAAUGAGUACAAGGUGUGGACAGGCUUGAUUAGGAGCAAGAGCUGCUCGGCAUCAAAUUACAACCAUGAAAAUGGUGGCAUCUCUUUUGAGGAAAUAAAUGAAGAGGAAUGGGAAUUGUUCUUGGAGAAUUUUGAGAAGCUUUUACCUGGGGUUUUUGAGGGCAGAAAGAGCAUGGGUUUGGUGAAGCAGAGGUUAGGAACCUCUUGCCAGUUCUGAAGAACGAUUAAUUGGAGUUAGAGAACUGCUUGUAUUUACUAGUACCACGGAGUUAAUUGUAUGUACAUUAAGGACCAAAACUAAUAGAAAUGCAUGUAUAAAUAUAUGUACUUUAGGGCGUAAACGGAAAAGUGAUUGGCAAAAUGCUAUCCUUUCCGGCCAUCUGACUUUCAUCGGUCUUAUUUAUUGUUUUCCCUUCUUUUUCUAAAAUCAUUUGUACACUAAUGUAAAAAGCUCUGUUUCCUUGCAUUAAAUGUUAAUGUAAGGUUUCCUAUUGGAUAUUCCUAACUGUUAAUAUUGAUGUUAUGGUGUUUUACUUAUAUUUUCUAUUUGUGAAUAGAUGACGUAGUGAAAGAAUUUUUUAGGGUUAAACACACUUUCGGUUAUCAAAAUAUUCAGUGUGUUUCAAUUUGGUUGUAUCAAUUUGAUCCUUAACUGAUCCAAUUUACGUUUAAAAUACCCCAAUGCUGUUUCCAUCCAAAGUUUCGUCCAAAUUGUCUAAAUUUGGACAAAAUCCCCCGCUUCUGUUAUAAAAUUUGGACAAAAAUGGUAUUUAGCGACAAUUUAAACACAAACUGGAUAAGUUGGGAACCAAAAUUGACACAAUUUAAAUAUUGGAGACUCAAAUGACAGAGUGCAUACUUUGAGGACUAACAGUGCAUUAACCCAAAUUUGAAAUAUCUUAUUUAAAGUCCAAAAUUAUGCUGGUCUUUUGUCUGCCUACCCAGGUGGCAAUUGGAAACUCAGACGCACAAAUGUUUUUUUUUUUUUUUUUCCAUAAUAAUCUGCUUAACAAAAAUGAGAACUUAACUUUGUAAAACUUUCUGUUAAUAUUACAUUUGUAUAGAAACUUUCAGUAGACUAAAUGAAAAAAUUACAUAUUUAAAACCUUGGCUUGAGACAACCACAAUUUUCAUGUCUAAUUGUCUAUGGUGGUCCAGACAAGCACUUGGCCUCUGUUUUCGAAAACAGAAACAAACAAAAGUUAACAAUAAAUCAACAGAACCAUUAAAUCACAAUCACCAGAAUUAAAGAACACAGUGAACAAUUGUAGUUGGAUUGCCUGGCCCAUCAUCAAAUUCUCUCUUCUUAGCAUCUCCAAUCUUUCACCAAUUCUUUCAUCCAAUUCAAAUUUGAUGAAUAAAGAGCUAAAAGUCAGUUCCAAUCAUUUCAUCAAACUUGUAUCAAAUUAGGGGAGAGGCAAAAUAUUCACCAAAUCAAGGAUUAACCAAUUCUUCACUGAAUUUUCAACAGUUAAAUUUUUACUCAAAUUUGAUGAAUUUUAGAAAGUAAGAAUUAGAGAUGGUUUUCUUUCAUCAAAAAUGGUCAAAACAGAUUUUUAGCAUAAAUGUAGGAAUUUUCAAAAGGAUUUGAUGAAAAAACAAAGAAAAUAAGGAUUAGAGUAUUUCAAACCUGAUCAAGCUUUUUAACAAAACAUUUCACACCAAAAAAA